CGACGGAGCGCUCGCGCCAGCUGAGACCCGCCAGAAAUUUGCAAGGAGCUCGGAGUUCGGACCCGCCGGUGCCAUCCCAUCCCCAGGCCCGGAGCUCCACACCCCAGCGCUAAAAUGAAGCCUUAAACCCAGAAAGCCGGCGCGUCUGGGCACACUUUCGCACUUUUAUUGAGUUUUCCAGGGCUGCGUUUCCUGAGGGUAACUCGCGCGUCCAGAAGGCCCUUCUGUCGGACAGCAUGCCUAGGAAAGGGACCCAAACGGAACCAAACACAGGCCUGAUCCAACAGGUGUCCAGAGGGACCACACGCUCCAGGAAAAGGAAGGCAGAUGUUGCUGUUUAUCUGCAAGAUCCAGAUGAAGAAAUUGCUGAAAUGACAAAGAAGAGACAGUGUGAAUCUCAGUGUCCUUCGCAGGCCUGCUGGGACCUGGCCACAAGCUCUUACCAGAGAAUCUCCACCCCCGAACAUGAGGUUGAGGAGCAAGUGGCUCGCGAUGCUGCCCUGUUGCGCUUUGCACAGUACAACUUCACUGAUCAUUGCACACCGACCCGGAGUUCUCCGCUGCCUGUCCUCUGCUGGGCCAACAGAGAUCACGUGUGGAACAAUCUGCUCCAGAAGGACCAGUCAUAUAUAAGGGACCGCCGCUUCAUGGAGAGACAUCCGAACCUGCAGCCCAAGAUGAGGGCGAUUCUGCUGGAUUGGAUGAUGGAGGUGUGUGAGGUCUACAAGUUGCACAGGGAGACAUUCUACCUGGCCCAGGACUACUUUGACCGCUUCAUGGCAACACAGAGGAAUAUCCUGAAAACUACCCUGCAGCUCAUCGGUAUCUCUGCGCUCUUCAUAGCUGCCAAGCUCGAGGAAAUCUAUCCACCCAAGGUGCAUCAGUUUGCCUAUGUCACAGAUGGCGCCUGCACUGAAGAUGAAAUCCUCAGCAUGGAGCUCAUAAUCAUGAAGGAGCUGAAAUGGAGCCUGAACCCUAUGACCCCUGUGUCCUGGCUCAAUGUCUACAUGCAGAUGGCCUACCUGAGAGCUACAGGGGAGAUGCUGGUACCCCAGUUCCCACAGGCCACAUUUGUGCAGAUUGCUGAGCUCUUGGAUGUGUGUGUUCUUGACAUGGGGUGUCUGGACUUCUCCUAUGGCAUGCUGGCUGCCUCUGCCUUGUUCCACUUUUCUUCCCUGGAGCUUGUGGAGAGGGUCUCAGGGUACCAGUGGGCAGACGUGGAGCAAUGUGUGAAGUGGAUGGUCCCCUUUGCUAUGUCCAUUCGGGAGACUGGAAGUGCUCAGCUCAAGCUCUUCAAGGGAAUAUCUACAGAUGACAUGCACAACAUACAGGUCCAUGUGCAGUACCUGCAGCUGCUGGAGAGGGCACUCUCAUACCAGCAGAUGGAUGUUGAGCAGACCCAGAGGUCCCCUGCGCCAUCGGGCGUCCUCACUCCACCCCCCAGCAGCGAGAAACCAGAGUCCUCAGAACCCUGAGUGCUCAGUGAGCGAUGGGGUCAGGACCCAUGGCUAAUUACAACCUUGAGAGGCAUUAUCCAAAAGCUGACUAAAAAUCUUGUCAUUGUGCCCAAGAAUUACCGUUCGUUGUUUGGGUUUCGAUUGACUCGAACUACCGUUUGGAGCAAAUUAUCUCAAAAGGUUUUUAAUGGGAAGAACCAGAGUUGGACCACCUGCCAAAUAUCCAGAGCUGCACUGGCACUCUGAUUGCUGCUAACAGUGGUGUGACCUGUGCGGUUGGGAGAUGAGAUGAACCAAGGUAGUGUGCAUGUGCAUUACAAGUCUUGCUAGAGACACUGCCAAUGAGGGGGGGUCUAGCAUCUGCAUGGACCACUAACCAGCUACACCAGCAGGAAGACCUGGGAUUUAUAACUAUGUAGGACCACUCAAUGGGUCUAUCAGUUUACCAGAAGUAUAUUUUAAAAUGUUUGUUCAUGAAUGCUGCUACUUUUUGUGAAUGGUUUUUAAAUAAAAUUGCUGUCAUGGACAGUGUAUGGUUUA